AGAUUAAAAAAUAGCGCAUGCAAAGAAGUGGGCGGUGAGCAAAUUCCGAAAAUGCGAGCUGCUUUGUUUGUUGUUAAUUGUUGAAUGUUGAUGGGCAACACCGUCACACAUUCUCCUGAGUUACGAAAUGAACACUCGCAAACACUCAAUUCCUUCACCGCGCAACUUCCCUUCCGCCAACACCUCUCCCGUCAAUUUCCGCCGCAGCUCCCCGAAGACUCACCUUUCCGCCAGGAAGCUCGCAGCGCGUUUAUGGCACUUGCGCUUUUUCAAUCUUGAAUCUUCUCCGCCACGUGUCAAGCGUUCAGCGCAAGAGGUUACCAGACGCGAUAGCAGGAAGCUUCUCGGAGAAACCAAAUUAAUAGGUGGUGAGUCUCUUCUCCUCUCAGAACUCCUUCGUGCUCAAACCUGCAUUAACAGGCUCAAUGCUGAAAAGCUUCUCUGGAAGCGUCGAGAACUCAAGAAGAAUCAAUCAAUGCUAGAGGACUUAAAGGAUAAGUUAGCCAGGGAAAGGACAAGUAGGGAGAGAAUGGAAUCAAUGAAUGCCAAAUUAGUUCUUGAGCUUGCCCAAGCAAAACUAUAUGCCAAGCAAUUUAUGGUUUACUACAAGGAGGAAAAGAGGAAAAGAGAAAUAAUAGAGCAAGUGUGCAACGAAUUGGCGAUGCAAAUAGGAGAAGACAAGGCUAAGCUGGAGGGAAUGGAGGAAGAGAGGAACAUGCUUCACAUAGCAGGGCUGCUGCGUGAAGAGAGCAUCCAAAUGAAGCUACUCGACGCCAAACUUGCCCUGGAAGAUAAGUAUAAUCAGAUGAUCCAAUUGAUUGCGCAUCUGCAAAGUUUCUUGAGCUCAAGAGGUGAUCAACAGGCAGCUCAAUCACUCAAUGUUGAAAUUUCAUGUGACUUCACCAAGUCAAAUGAUGUUUUUCAUGAGAGACUGAUUCAAGUUGAACCGUACUAUCCUUCCAGUCUCAUUGGCCCCUCUUCCACCGUCCACAUCGUAAGUCUUGAUGAAGAUCAUUCCCUCAACAAUAAUGCUAACCAAAACAUUCAUGGAUUAGGAACUGAGGCAGAAUGUUGUGAAAAUGCUUGUUACAAUCACUCUGAUUCCCUGGCACUACAAAAAUCACAAGAUUCAAAAAUUGUUAACUGUAAAGGGAGAUUCGCAAGAAACUUAGUUAAGACUACUUUUAUGAGUAAAGGUUCGGGUGAAAGUGGUUUCAGACAAUGGGAAUUAUUGGGACAACCAAAAUCUGCAGAGUCUGUGAAUCCGCACAUAACUCGUGGGAUGAAAGGAUGCAUAGAAUGGCCACGAGGCAUUUCCAAAAUCAAUUCCAAGGUCAUCCCUUUGGAAGAAAGAGUGCGAAAACAGAAAUCUCAGUUACAACAUAUACUUAAGCCGCAUUAAGGCCUUGUUUCAAGCAGAACAAAUAUAGAAACAGAUUUCGAUCAAAUUCCAUUUAUUUAGUUUUGUAUUCGGUUGUUCGUACUUCGUGGACCAGAUUUUUAGCUUAUUUCUCGAAAAUAACGUUGUGGUUUGGAAAACCAAACCAUUUUGAUAGCAAACGAUUGAUUAUUCAUUGACGGGUUACAUUAUCCAUAUUACCUUCAAAUAAUGUUAUGCACACUUUUUUUUUGUGAUCUCAUGAUAGAUUGUAAUUUGUUCAAUUUCGUGAUCAUUGUGUACUGAGGCUAUUGUUGCUC